GAGCACUCCGAAGAUGCUUUGCCUUUGACUGUCAUCGGGAGAAGAGAAAUCCAUAUUCUACCCAAAAGCGGGACACGGGAUGCGAUUAAAGCCCUCGAUUUCUGAUCUCAAUCUGGAGCCGUAGCAGAGGGAAGAGAGGAGAGCCAGAAGACCAGGCGCGGCGAGGAGGGUGGGCGAUCGUUCGCCGUGCUUUGGGUUUCUCGGAUCCGCUUUUGAUGGUCAUCGCGGUCGAUCGGAGCGGCGGGCCUGCAUGUCGUGAGCAUUUUGGUUCUCUGCUGGAGAAUUCGUAGAGCGGAGCAAUAGGUCGGGGGUUCUUCUCGCUUCCGGUUGGAUUUCGAAGGACGAAAUUGGUUUAUAUGCGUUUGUUUGGUAGAUGUUAUCUUAUUGUGAGAAAGGUGCUUAGGGUACGUUGUAAUUGGAUCCAGCUCUGUUUCUGUUGCAAAUAGAUGGCUUCAGUGAACAUGGUGCCCUCGUCAGGGUUGAAAAACACCAGUGGCACUAGUCUUGGUAUGGACAAAUUGCCACAAGAGAUGAGUGAUAUGAAGAUAAGGGAUGAUAAGGAAGUGGAAGCAACAGUGAUUAAUGGGAAAGGGACAGAAGCAGGUCAUAUAAUUGUUACUACUAUCAAUGGGAAAAAUGGUCAGCCAAAGCAGACUGUAAGCUACAUGGCUGAGCGUGCUGUAGGUCAUGGAUCAUUUGGGGUUGUUUUUCAGGCCAAAUGUCUAGAGACAGGUGAAUCUGUAGCUAUAAAAAAGGUUCUUCAAGAUAAGAGGUACAAGAACCGUGAGCUACAAACCAUGCGCCUUCUUGACCAUCCAAAUGUUAUCUAUUUGAAGCAUUGCUUCUUUUCAACAACUGAGAAGGAUGAGCUGUAUCUUAAUCUGGUACUUGAAUAUGUACCAGAGACAGUUCAUCGUGUUAUUAAACACUACAACAAGAUGAACCAACGUAUGCCGCUAAUAUAUGUGAAGCUGUACAUGUACCAGAUAUGUAGAGCACUGGCAUACAUCCAUGGCUGCAUUGGGGUGUGCCACCGUGACAUUAAGCCCCAAAAUCUUCUGGUCAAUCCACAUACUCAUCAAUUGAAAAUAUGCGACUUUGGGAGUGCAAAAGUGUUGGUAAAAGGGGAACCAAAUAUAUCAUACAUAUGUUCCAGGUACUAUAGAGCUCCUGAGCUUAUUUUUGGGGCAAUCGAAUAUACGACAGCAAUUGAUAUCUGGUCUGCGGGUUGUGUUCUUGCUGAACUACUUCUUGGGCAGCCUCUUUUUCCUGGCGAAAGUGGAGUUGACCAGCUGGUCGAAAUAAUUAAGGUUUUAGGUACGCCCACAAGAGAAGAAAUUAAAUGCAUGAACCCAAAUUAUACCGAGUUCAAAUUUCCACAAAUUAAAGGUCAUCCUUGGCACAAGAUCUUUCACAAGCGAAUGCCUCCAGAGGCUGUUGAUCUGGUAUCUAGGCUUUUGCAGUACUCUCCAAACCUUCGAUGCACUGCUGUGAGUACAGAAUGCCUUUAUCUGAAUCGACAAUUGUGGCAUGUUUAUCUGAUCCACUUUUCCUUUCGUUUGAUACAGUUAGAAGCACUAAUUCAUCCAUUCUUUGAUGAGCUUCGAGAUCCAACUACUCGCUUACCAAAUGGCCGUUUUCUGCCCCCUCUUUUCAAUUUUAAGCCUUACGAGUUGAAAGGAGUACCAUCGGAGAUUGUCGUGAAGUUGAUACCUGAGCAUGCUAGAAAGCAAUGUGCCUUCUUAGGAUUAUAAGGUUGGUUCUACAUUCCUUAUAUAGUAAAGAGGUGUACUUCCAAUGAGACUAGUGAGCUGAUGGAGCUUGUGAUCUACCGGUAUGGUGAGAUUGAUCGGUAAGUUGGAGCAUGUGACGUAAAAAAACCUCGUAGUCUCCCCUCUUUGCAGAUUAAGGAGUGGUCGGCCUGUCUCCGAAAGACCUCAAUGGUUCUGUACUAACGACGCUUCUUCUGACAGAUUGUAACAUAAAUAUUGCUAUGUUUUAGCUUGUGAAUUAUGGACCAAAAUUGCUCUUCCCGA